CAGCUGUACACGAGCCGCCGCUGGUCUUCGAUUUCGCGGCACUUCUACCUCGUCGUGCUCCAGAUACAGUUUUUUUCUUGCUUUAACCAUGUUCCCUACUUAAGGACCCUUAGUUGAACAACUUUUUACCUCAUCCUCAGUGAAGACUGAAUUCAAACAUUUGUUCAUCUUAAUUUUGGUCAGAUUGAUUUUGGGUCGGUCAAACAUAGGAUCGGCGUGCAUCUUUCACAUUUAGAAAAGAAAGGGAAAACAUUUGUUUUGUAUAAAAGCUAAAAUAUGUUCUGUGGAGAUUGUAAACUCGGUAGCGCCUUCGGUAUCAACUUCAACUGAACUUGAUUCUAUAUAAAUUGAUCUCAUGUAUAUAACUUGUUCAUUUAAACGUGAAUUAUACUGUUAUUUAACAUGGAACAAUUUGUUAAUUGUAAAAGGAUGGCAGGUUAAAGUUUAUAAAAUCUAGUGACACUUGAUCGUACACUUAGGAUUAUGAUUCAAUGAAAUUAAGGCCCAUGGCUGAUCCGCGAUGCCAGCUCUAUGCGGCCAGUGAUUCUAGAUACAUAUCACAAUCUUGAUAACCUUGAUAUUGCUGGCAUUGGUGAUGCUGUUUGUUCUGUUCUGUUUCUUCAGGGUCCUCAAACUCAUAACAAGGAAGCUUUCAAUGAGUGGGACGUUGCAAAGGGUGCAGCGAUGGAAAUCUUACCCAAGGUAGCUUACGUCAUGGCGUUCAGUGGCUGGACGCUUAUAUAUUUUUGGGUUAUUCCAAAACUGAAGCAUUUCAAGGACAUGUUGGAUGCUUCUAAUAAAGAAAAGUUGGCCAUGGUAGAUGAGAUAGAACGCUGUCAUCAGAGGCUACGUCAGUUCGAAGCUAGAGAUUCAGUGGGACAAGGUAAAAGAUACUGAUGGACAGCAAGCUUCUUAGAUUUCUUAGAUGAUAAAGAUGAUCCUUGGGGCAAUACAAGAAUCAAGCCGAGAGGCAUGCAUUAUUGUUUUUCUUUUCCAAAAAAAAGGAAAACACAGUCUUCUUGGCUGUGAUACAAACCUGAAGGAUGCUAAAUAGUUCUUACAGGAUUUUUUCUUUACAUAGAGUUAAAAUGAUCUGACACAUUGUUUGACCAAGGAUGCUAUACGUUACUCGUUUGGAUCCAAGGGGCUAACAAUAAGCCCUGGAGAAUUUUACUAUUCAAGAGUAUUUAAUAAAGUUUAUACACAAAGCUACUUGCACAA